AUGGAGGAGGCUGGUGCAGUGGAGUGGGUCUCGGGCAGCAGUGCAGAGGAAGGCGUACGCAGCGCAAGAGCGCCUUGGAACAUGGUCUAUAAGGCCACGGGGGGAGAGUUUUACUCUGUGCCACUAUCUGAAAAGAUCGACAUCUACAGCUUAGCCAUGACAUUUUACACCAUGCUGGCCCUCAAGCCACCCUACAACGGCGAACCGGGAGCAAGGGCAAGGAUCCUCGCCGGAAUCCCGCCUUCAGUUAGCCUCUCUUGGGAUCAAGGAUUCGUUGAGAUACUCGGAGACAUGUGGCAGCGCGACCCUAAGGCGAGGCCUUCCGCGAGGAGAGUGGUCGAGCGGCUGGAAUUACUUCAGAGCCGUAGUGUUCUCGAACACGAACAACAGCAGCAGCGAUGA